UAUAAGACGCAAGAAAAAUCGAAAACUAAAGAAAAAGUGAUAAUGUCAGAAGAGACUUCAAAUCCGACGGACGAUGACGACGAUCUUGGGUUAAGAGAAGCCGUGACAACGGUUAUAGAUGAUAACGUGGGCGAAGCAGGUUAUCGCUGUGUCCAUAUUCCACCUGGAGAUACCAGCGAGGAAGUAUAUAGGCUUGCAACAUUUGCAAAAUAUCCACCUAAUAGUACGGUAAAAGUAUGGGAUUUAGCAACGGCGGGAUGUUACUACACUGGGUACAAGGACCGUACUAGAUGCUUCGGCUGUGGUAUUGGAACAGAAAAUUGGCAAAUAGAAGACUCUGUCUUCGACAAGAAAUGGCACAAGGAAGACUGCGAGAUGGUAACUGGCCACGCCUCUAGAAAUAUACCUAUACCCACGCCGAAUUUCUAUUCUCUUAAACGGACUUUCUUGAGUAGUUUGGAAAAUACGAGGAAACCUGACCAGGUGACCGAAAGAAAAGGUAAAGAAGCUGUUAAGGAAGAAAGCAAAGAGAGAAACGGCGAAAUUGCGAACACCAAUGAAGAGAGAAAAUUGGCAGAAAGACUUUACAAUCGAGCAUCUACAAAGGAGAAGGAUUCGCCAAAAGGAUCUAUUAUGGAUAAGUUGUGCAAAAAUUGCGAGAGAAAUCGAGCUAAUGCUGUUACGUUACCAUGUGGUCAUAUCGACUUGUGUGACGACUGUGCAGCUGAGAGUGGCAUCUGCAAAUUUAGAAUUUAG